UCCAAUAGAUUUAGCUAAAUAUGCCGCCGCAAACGAAUGACGAAGAAGUUGGCCAGAGUGAUGUCCAAAUUCCCGACUGGGUUAAACCGGAGGCAUUUCAGGAUCUACUCAAAAAUAAAGUUAAGGAUUACAAGAAAACCAAAGCGCUGAGGGCCAAGGCAGGAGUCGCUGCUGGUGAGAACUAUGCCACCAUAAUGCUGAGACUGGAACUUGAUGUGGAGACAAAAGACAAUUCCCAGUUUACCAAGGCCUUUAUGUUGAAAACGCCCCACCAGUCUGGGGCUUGUCGAAAACUUCUCGAAACAAACAACAUCUUUGAUGUGGAGCGCGGAAUGUAUCUGGAAGUCGUCCCGGAACUGGAGCAGAUGUAUCGGGAUGUGGGUGUGGAGGUGAAAUUCGGGGCAGAGGCCUACGAGAUAGAGGCCAGCGACUACUACGUUCUUUUGGAGGACCUCAAGCCUCGGGGCUUCAAAAAUGCUGAUCGCCUUCAGGGUUUGGAUCAAGCCCACACCGAAAAUGUCCUGAAAAAAUUCGCCCAAUGGCAUGCGGCCUCUGCAGUUCGUGUGGAACUCAAAGGACCCUAUAACGAGAAGUACACAAAGGGUUUUUUCGAAACCAAAGAAAUCAUGGAUACAUUUUGCAAAAGCAGUACUAAAACUCUUCUGAAACAAAUCGAUCAGUAUGAAGGUCAUGAGGCAUACGUAAAUGAUUUGCACAGUGUCUCAGAAAAGUCAUUUGAUAUUGUGAACGAUUUGAUGGAACCGAAAUCUGAUGAAUUCAAUGCCCUGAACCACGGUGAUGGAUGGUCUAACAACAUUAUGUUCCAGUACAACGACAAGGGCGAGAUAUUGAAUACUUACUUUGUUGACCUACAACUACCCAAGUGGGGAACAGUGGCACAGGAUUUGUACUACUUUCUGCUUUCGUCAACUAGCUUGGACAUCAAAACCACGAAAUUUGAUUAUUUUAUUUGGUUCUAUCACUCUGAGUUGAUUAAGCAUCUCAAACUGCUGAAUUACUCAAAGACAUUGCCCACUUUAAGGAAUAUUCGCGAUGCUCUUAACAAAUACAGUGGAUGGGCUUUUUUGUGCAGCGCCUGCGUAAUGGCAUAUGUUCUUCUGGAUCCCACAGACGGUGCUGAUUUAGAUAAAAUCAUUUCAGCGGAAGACUCUAGUUUUAGGGAUUCCCUUUACACCAACCCCAGAUACCGAAAGCAUAUGGAGGUACUUAUGCCAUGGCUACAGCAGCGAGGGGCCCUGGGAUAAAAUUUUCAAAAUCAAUCAAUACUUAAAAAAAAAAUGUAUUUGUGUUAUUGUUUAAUUUAAUUUGUUACUGGAAUGAAUCAAUAAAUAAAUGAAA